AUGUCAGGAACACAGUUCCACCCUUUGCGUCGUUGAGUCAUAAAGGCCACUUGACGUCAGGACGCCGCCCAUGCCCGGUGCAGGCCGGGAUACCGGAGGAGUCAGCCAGCUGGCUGGUGACGUGUGCGGAGCCGGAUACCAUGGCUGACGGGAGCAGACGGGCCAAGCUGGCGGCUGCCAAGAAGAAGUUGAAGGAAUACCAGCAGAAAAAAGUGGUUCCGUCGGCCUCUUCAGGAGCCAAGAAGAAGGCAACAAAUGAUGGAUCCGAAACAGCAGAAACUUCUAUCGAGAAUAACAAUGAAAUUUGUGAGAUGCCCCUGCAGAACAUUCUGAAGGUGCUGGUGGCAGACCGCAGUAAAUCCAAUGGGGUAAAACUGCCUUCAUUGGACAGGCUGAAGGCUUCCCUGGAAAAUGAUGUUGACAGUCUUGUUAGAGGACAGAGGAUCGACGAUGCCACGCCUGCUCAUUUGCACACCCCCAACAGCAACUUGCCAAAUACAAUGACCAUUGAUCACACGGUACAGAUUGAAUCCCUCUCCCAGAUGAACCUUGCAGCAGAUGAAAACCAAUCUGAAGAAAGCAGAGGAGUCUCCUCCACAGAAAGCCUUCGACAAUUGUCUACUCAAUUAAAUGGCCUGGUGACACAGACUACUUACAUGAAUGGUGAAAGUGCAGCUUGUACUUUCAAUCCAAAUGAGCUGGAGACACGAAACCAAGAGCUGACUGUAGCCCUUGACUCCAGCAAUUUGACAAAUAGAGAACAAAGCACAAAGAUAGAAGAAUUGGGAAAACACAUUCAGGAGCUUAAAAAUCAGCUAGAGAAGGAAAAGCAAGCUUUUGACCUGAAGUCCAACCAAAAGUGUGAAUCAAUGAAAGAACAGCUAAAACUUCACGUAGACACCAUUGAGAUUUUGGUAUCUGAGAAAUCUGAACUCCAGUCAGCGCUGGCUCAUGCAAAGCAAAUAGUACGGAGUAAAGCAGAUGAAGCAGGAGACCUCAAUAGUAAGCUGAGUGCUUCUAGUCAAAGAGUGGCAGAGCUGGAGCAAACUCUAUCUAGCAUCUCAUCCCAACAGAAACAGUCUGACAAAAUCUAUAAAGAACUUGAAAAAGAAAGGGCGAAUCUUAAACAAGAAUUGGACAAACUAAAUAAAAUGAGUGACGAGCUUAAGCAACAGAACUCUGAGCUCUCAGAACAGUUGAGCUCAAAGGUAUUUGAAAAUGACUUGGUGAAGCAGAACAUUCAAGACCUGCAAAAGAGACUGGAAAUGGCAGAGUUGACAAUUCAGCAGUUCUCGAAUCAGUCGGAGCUUCCAGAUGCUGAUCAGCAGCUACACCUGGCUCUUGAAGAAAAAGCUCAGUUAGAGGCACAGAUGAAUCAACUAUCAAAAUCACAGCAGCUACUUCUUGUUGAGAGAGAUCAGUAUGCCCAUAAACUGGUGGAGGAGCGCUAUGUUUGGCAGCAGAAAGUUCAGCAGCUGGCAGAACAAGUAAAUGCACUUUCAGAGGAGAAAGAAUGGAAUCGCAACCGUAUGCAGGAACUAGAGGCUUCAUUGAUUGAACUUCAGAACAGAUCAGCACAACAGUGUGAGGUCAGUGAAAGCCAGACCAUGCCUCAGCCUGAAGGCCCCACAGAGCAGGAGAAGCUGCUGGAGGAUAGCGUUCAAACCCUGCAGCGGGAGAAGGAAGAGCUGUACACUCAGUACCAGGCACAGGUUCAUGACAAUGAGCAGCUGAGUCAUUUAAACCUGGAGCUGGAAGAGAGACUGCAGGAACUGGAACGGACAGUGCAGCGCUACAAUGACAAUUCCGUAGACCGGAAGCAACUGCUGGAAAACAUGCAGAGCGACAAGGCUACGAUAAGCAGGGCACUGACACAGAACCGUGAGCUCAAGGAACAGCUAGCAGAGCUUCAAAAUGCAUUUGUCAAACUUACCAAUGAGAACAUGGAGCUCAGCAGUGCAUUGCAAUCAGAACAGUAUGUAAAGAAAGAGUUGGCUAAGAAGGUGGGAAAUAUGCACGAGAAUGUGGCAGAUUUGAAAGAAAAGCUUGAAGUGAAGUCACAGGAAGCUCAGACCAUGCAAGGAGAGAGGAAUGAGUUAUGUGCUCACCUACAACAGUACAUAGCAGCUUACCAGCAACUGGUGGCUGAGCGAGAGGAGUUUCAGAAACACAUACAGCAGGCACAUUUUGUGGACAGGCUGCAGCACGAGGAGGUACAAGAGAGAGUCCAAAGUGAGUUGCAACCGAAUGAUCAUAUGGUGACAAAGGAGCAACUGGAACGGUUGAAUGAUGAAAAUAAAGGACUGAAGUCAAUGAUCAGCAAUCUGUCAGCAGACUUGAGCAAGAUCAGUUCACAGCUUGGGGAAGAUGAUGGGUUGCAAGGUCAUCUCAUUGCCAAGCAUGGAAAUCAGAAGACCAAUCAUGUUACAAUACCAGCAGAACUGGAAACUAAAGAGGAAAUGGCUGAUUUGCAGAAUUCAACACUAAACCAAGAUCUGCUAACUCCGCAAAACUUGGAGCAGGAACAGAAACAGCAGGUGCUACUACCACAAAUGUCAGCUCUAACAGACGAGCAAGAACAGUUGAGAGGAGCUACGGAAGUAGUAAAUGAUGCAGAAACAGUACCAACAAAUCUGUAUGAUGCCUUGAAAACGACUAUGAACACGCUGCAGACUCAAUUAGCAAACCUGUUGGAGGAAAAGGUUGAUCUGAAAAAGAAAUUGGGGCAACUGGAGCACUACUGUACACAGUUAUCUGGGGAAACGGAUACAAUAGGUGAAUACAUUGCACUUUACCAAAAACAGAGAGCUAUACUCAAACAGAGGCACACGGUGAAAGAGGAGUACAUCUGCAAGCUGGCUCAGGAUAAGGAGAAGUUGAGGAAAAAAUUAGGAGAACUGCAGGAGCUUUCGUUGGAGUUGGCGGGUGAGAGAAAGAAGUGGUACGAUAGAUACGUUCAUUUCCUCAAACAGUCUAAGAUACCAUUAACGCCUGAAAUGCGACAGGAUGUACUGGAAGAAGAUCUGGUGCCCAACAACGAAGAUCUGGAAGAUAUCAGCUUAGGGGAUGAUAUCGAGUUUGAAAGCAUUUCACCCAGCUCCCGCUAUUCCAGCAGAGGCCCUGCAGCAAAAGCAGCUGUACCCUCUGAGGACUACACUACAAAAAAGAUCAUAGAACUAACCGAAGAAAUCCAAAACCCACAGACUCAACCGAGCUCAACCCUGACAUUUAUCAACUGUGUUCCCCUUUUCUACAAGCUUGCUGAAAAUGGGGUAAUGAAGAUUGAAGUCGUCUAGAGAUCUGAUUUAUUCAAGCACAGGGAACAUAAUAUUUUUUGGGGGUGGGAGAGCCUUGUAAAAAGUUAUAUAGUUAAGGAUUUAAAAGGCUAAGUACAUCGAUAAGCAACAUUGGUAUAACACAAGGAAUUUUUGAGACCAGAGAAGCCAUGGUUCUAUCUAGCACCAGUGUUAACCUAGCAUGAUUUCUAUUAAUGCUUCAUCAAAGAGAUUACAAUAAUUCCUAAAAGUUCCUUUAACUGCUGCUUUGAAACCCUUUACAAACAUAAACAUUUAUAUGAUGGAUUUUUAAAAUCCUAUGCUGGUAAUUUCCACUCCUACCUUCCCUUUCCAAAGAGUUGAGUUAUUGUAAUUCUCAAACGAUAAUGGUAGGAUUGUCCCAGUCAGUAGCCAUUUGACCUGAUUGUUUUCGUAGACUAUCAUGCCAUCCUUCAGGCUCUAUGGCAACUUAGUACAUUUCUGUUACAACCAGAGAGUGAUGGGGAAUUGCGAAAAUACAUUAAGUUUGAAAUAGAUCUUCCCACCAUUUUAUAUAUUAAGUGUAAAAAAAAAACUUUAUUUAAGCUGCUGAAAAAAUUGUACUUUUUAAUUUAGAAAUGCAUUUGUAGAGCUGCCCCCAAAAUGGU